UUGAGACACACACACAAAAAGAAGAGGAGAGGCCGGGCGAGCGGGAUUCCGAGGGAGCGCCAAACCAAGCAGACGCCACCAUGACCGAAACCACCAAAACCCAUGUUAUCUUGCUGGCCUGCGGCAGCUUCAACCCCAUCACCAAAGGCCACAUUCAGAUGUUUGAAAGAGCCCGAGAUUAUCUACACAAGACAGGAAGAUUCAUCGUCAUUGGUGGAAUAGUCUCGCCUGUACAUGACUCAUAUGGAAAACAGGGUUUGGUUUCCAGCCGGCAUCGCCUGGCAAUGUGUCAGUUGGCUGUUCAGAGUUCUGAUUGGAUAAGGGUGGACCCCUGGGAAUGUUAUCAGGAUACUUGGCAGACCACCUGCAGUGUACUGGAACAUCAUCGGGAUCUGAUGAAACGAGUUACUGGUUGUAUCCUGUCCAAUGUGAACACACCUUCUUUGACCCCAGUGAUUGGACAGCCCCAGAAUGAGACCCCACAACCUAUUUACCAGAACAGCAACCUUUCCAACAAGCCAACUGCAGCAAAACUUUUGGGGAAGGUGGGAGAAAGCCUUAGCAGGAUUUGCUGUGUUCGUCCCCCAAUGGAGCGUUUCACCUUUGUGGAUGAAAAUGCUAACUUGGGGACUGUGAUGAGAUAUGAAGAGAUUGAGCUUCGAAUCUUGCUGCUGUGUGGAAGCGAUCUUCUGGAGUCCUUCUGUAUCCCAGGCCUUUGGAAUGAAGCUGAUAUGGAGGUGAUAGUGGGGGACUUUGGCAUUGUUGUUGUGCCACGAGAUGGUGCUGAUACCGAGAGAAUCAUGAACCACUCCUCUGUACUUCGCAAGUAUAAAAACAAUAUCCUGGUUGUGAAGGAUGAUGUGAAUCACCCCAUGGCAAUUGUCAGUUCCACUAAAAGCAGACUGGCCCUUCAGCAUGGCGACGGGCAUGUGGUGGAUUACCUGUCUCAGCCAGUCAUUGAUUACAUCCUUAAGAGCCAGCUGUACCUGAAUGCCUCCGGUUAAAGCUCUUGCUGGCAUUGCGGCAAAGCUGCCAUGUGGCGCCACCUUCCUAUGAUUGUUCAUCAUGGUUCUCUUUCUCACUCUUGUUUCUUUUUUCAAUGCCUCUUGCCUGCAUCUGCCUAUUCCACUCUGAUUUUUUUUUUCCAGCCCCGGGAAUUGCUGCCUACAGCUAACAGCCAAGUACAUAUGCCAUCAAGCAACCCUUCUCCCCUUGCAGUUAGGAGGGAAAAGAGUAAAGAAUAUCGGGCACUAUUGCUUAAAGGGAGAAGAUUCGGAUUGCCCUUCCCAGCAUGCAACAGAGGAAAUGACAUCACCUGCCUUUCCAGCAUGGUUUGGGAAGCAGGAUGAUGGCUCUUCUGUUUCCCUUCCUCUCUCCCUCUGUUGGCUAAAUAAAUCUCGGUGGGGCUCUUUAUUCUUACUGUUUCUCAUUGGCUUUCUCAACUACCACCCCCCACCGCCAAAUUGGCUUUUUUUUUUAAAUAACUGCCAUCCUUUACCAUGACAAUGAGGUGGCAAGCUUAUUAAAAACUAAAACACCCACCAGAUAUUUUAGGUCAUUGGUGGAAGAAUUUUGAAGUGAACACAAAGAAAACAAGAGGAAGCAGAAAAAUAGAACUGCCCAUCUGUAAUGCUUUUCUGCAACGGGAACCUUUUUUUUAAAAAGGUUAUUGGAGAAAAAGCUCAGAAAGCAAGUUUGCUUCGUAUUUAGCAUCUCUUCCUCCUCUCUCUCCCCCCACCCCAUUGUAAAUAGAUAUCUGUUUCUGAAGGAGAGGAUGACAUGUUUUUAUUUUGGUUGCUGUUGUACUCUCACAUUUUUUUUUAAAGGAGCAUUUCUUAAAAGUGGGGAAAGAGCCACAGGACACAGGUCUCUUGAAUGAUAGUUAGUGAUGUGGCCCUCAAUUGUCUGUUCCUGGAGUUUCAUGUUCUUCAGAAACCCAUUUGCAGUUUAACUACUUGUCAUGGUGUACCGUGGCUGGUUCUAUAAUUGUAGGCUCUUUCAGUUUAUUAUUUUCUUCUGUCAAGGAAGUACAUGUAUAUUUCUUGUAGGCAACAAUUGUACAUGGUCCUACAGUCUGGCAGCUUGUUUUCCAUGGGUCUUCUUUCCCUUGACAGCAGGAAACUGCUGCUCGAGUUUAUGCUGUAAAAUAGACAUUUAAUCCUCCAUACAAAAAGCAACCCCCCUCCAAAACACAACAACAAUUACAAAAAAGCUGCCUAAUAGCUGGAGUAGAUUAAAUGGUCCACCAAUACGGUUGUUUAGUAGUGUGUGCAUGUUAUGGACACUGAGAGGGACUAGGAUCAUUAGAGAAUAUCAGUGGUGGCAAAAGGCAGCUUCACAAUUAGGAAAACAGCUGGAGUUUUCCACACUACUGGCAGUGUAGCAUAUAGAGCAGGAGGAUCCAGUUCAGCUAUGGGGAGAAACCUUAGUGAUGAUCCUUUUUAUGAAAAAAAUAAUGAUAAUAACCUGUUUAUUUUGUGCUGUGUGUUUAUUCAUUGAAAUGAGUUUGCCUGUUUCAGACUGCAAAGUUAGAAGUAUUUAAUUAGAAAGGACAGAACUGGUUAAAAAAAAAUAACAACCAGCCAGAAAGACGGGGAUUUUUGUAAAAAAACAAAAAAAAAGUUGAAGUGUUACCGUGUUUUAAUACUCUUCUAUUUAUGUCGUUUCUCUCUUUUUUUAAAAAAAAAUCUAUAGCCAGGGAAGCACUUUAGUACUAAGAUUGAUGGGGGGGGGGGAAAUGGGUUUCUAAAUUAACGCCCAUUGCAAGAAAUAAUGUCAGUGCCUGCAUCUAAACCGUACCCUAAAAAAGAUGGACUAUCAUGAUCAGCAUUUACAUCUGUGGCUAUUAUGCUACUCUUUUAUUCUCACAAAUGUUGUUUUUUAUAAAGUAAGAAGGCGGCAGAAGUAGCACUGAGGGGAAAAAAUAUACCAGAUGGCUGGUAAUGUCAUGUGGAUUUCCCUGUGAAAUGUGAGCAAACAAGGUAUGACAAUGUCUUGCUGAAUUCCUUGUGCGCACAAUCUCAGAUGUGAACUUUGCUUAUGAGAAGCAGCUGCCAUCCAAACAAGCACUUAGAAACCAGACAGAAUAGCUGAGGACAGAGAUGUCUUGAUGAGGCUCAUUCUCAUCAUUUACUGUAGCAUCCAAAGUAUUGAGUACUCCUGGGUACUCACUGCUAGCAUAGGUAGAUGUACAAGAGACAGUGUCUUUGAUAAGAAUUUUUCUACUCAGAGAAGGCUUAGAUAGCCUACAUUACUAGAUAAAUCGCCCUCCCGCUGUCCUGUGAGACAUAUCAGCUACAACUUCUAAAGCACUUUCUCAUUCACUUCCUGCUGCAAUCCACUAUUGGUCUUAAUGCCAAGCUGCAAGAUUCAACGCCCACCAAUCACAUAGUCAACUCUGUGUGCGCGCAUGUGUGAUUCUGUGUGUGUGGUUGUAUGUGUGUGUGACUGUAAACCUAGCCUUCCCAAAAGGUGUAAAGGACAAUUUUGGUUGGACACAAACAAGUAGGACAUGACAAGGAAAAAACAGGAUGAUAUCUCCCUUUCUCUGAACAAAAAAGAUGGAUUAUUGGGGCCUUUCCAAUUUCAUCCAGUUUAGGACAGCAUGCCUUAGAAACGUAGCAUUGUGAUACAGAUUAUGUAUAUAAAGUCUUACUACAGUACUCUUUGCCUUCAUAUUCUCAGUUAUGCUUAUGCUUGUGGGGGAGAGGGGAGCAGGUGUAGCAUCCAUUUGGAGCAAUGUUUCCAACCUUAACAACUUUGGAGGUGUGGACUUCAACUCUCAGAAUUCCCCAGCCAGCAGCCAGGCUUCCAGGAGCUGAAGUCCAGAUCUUGUAAAGUUGUCAAGGUUGAGAAACUCUGAUUUGGAGCACGCAAGUGGGAUUGCUUUGGUACAAGUUGGAGAUUGACUAUCAGACUGAUUUACCUUGACACAAAAUAUGGAUUUUAGCUACACGGG